AUGCCAGCCUACUUCAAUAACAAAGUAGUUUCCGCUGGAGGAGAUCUCCUUCAUGUCUUGAUCAAGAUGGGGAAGAUGACUGAAUCUCAUCUUGAUGGCACUAUUAAUAAUGCUGGCAUGACUGUGCCAGCCUAUUUCAAUAAUUUCCAGUGUCAAGCUAUCAAGAAUGCCAGUCUUAUUACUGAUUUUAAUAUUUUCUAUAUUCUGAACAAGCUCAAUGUCACUAUGAUUGUGCAUGACUUUGAAUUGAAAAAUGCUGCUGAAGGUUUACAGCUUCUACUCCAAAUUCUCACCAGCUAUACUACAAGCUUGCUGGCUCUCCAAAUCAGUAAAGAUAUGCUCUCUACAGCCAUGAAUUCCAAUCUUAAAAAAGCUUAUAAGCUUGCUAACUAG